GGUCGUCGUCGAUUAGCAAGCUUUGUCACCACUGUACGAUAUAUCGAUAGUACACGACACAGGCUUGAGAAAGUUGCUUAAAGAUACUUAGUAUUUCCAUACAUUCUAACUAGUAUCAACAGCGGCUAUAUUAAUGUCCAAUCCAAGUGUUUUCUCUGCAGAAUCAUACUUUGCAACGCAACCACCACCGCCAACGCUCCAAACAGAUGUCAUAGGAGUGAGAACGUUCAUAUCGAAGCAGGCCGAGCAAGGGAGAAAAGUGGUUUUGGUCACAAGUGGUGGAACAACCGUUCCUUUAGAGCUCAACGUUGUACGUUUUCUUGACAACUUUAGUGCCGGAACUAGAGGAGCGACUUCAGCGGAAUACUUCCUGAAAGCCGGAUAUGCAGUUAUAUUCAUGCAUCGCCAGUUCAGUCUGCAACCAUUUAGCAGGCACUAUUCGCAUUCUACGAACCCAUUCCUCGACUUCCUCGAGAUUGACUCCACCUCUUCACGGAACGCAACUUCCGAGAUCAAUGUCACGCCUUCAAAGCGUCCGGACCUCCUCCAAGUUCUUACAGCUUACAAGGCUGUACACGCAGAAGGCACAUUGCACACGCUGACAUUUGUAACCGUCAAUGAUUAUCUAUGGCUCUUACGUGCAGUUAGCCAGGAAAUGUCGAUAUUACGCAGAAAUGCAAUGUAUUAUCUUGCUGCUGCAGUCAGUGACUUUUUUCUGCCAAGGCAAAAAAUGUCGGAACACAAGAUACAAUCUGGAAAAGGCAGUCUCCAUAUUGAAAUGGAUCAAGUGCCCAAAGUCUUAAAACCCAUGGUGGCAGAGUGGACGCGAGAGGGAUAUAUCGUAUCCUUCAAGCUGGAAACAGAUUUAUCCCUCUUGAUCCCAAAGGCACGACAGGCUCUCCAGCGUUAUGGUCACCAAGUGGUCAUCGGUAACGACCUCCAUCACAGAAAACAUCGCGUCGUUCUUGUUUAUCCCUCAUCUCUAUCUCCUACCUCGAUCUCUUCCCCUGCAUCUACCCCGUGUUUCAACCAUGUCCCUCUCUCGAAUUUACCUGACGGCACUGGGUCUGUUGAAAUAGACGGUAUUCUGGCUGAUACCUCCGCUGGUCAGUACACCGAGUCGUGGAUAGAAAUCGACCCAUCCUUGGCAGCCAGCGGGACCAAAGAAAUAGAGGAGGACAUCAUCUCCGAAUUGCUCAGACGUCAUCAGAGUUGGGUUGCGGCUGCGCCUUCAGCUCAGUAGUUUUGUUUAUUUGUGUGUGGUAAUAUGAGGAGAAGAUCUGAUCAUAAAUUGAGCUGUCUAUCUGUUAUGCGUGAUAAAAUCAUUGAAUGAAAAUAAAA